AUGUAUGAGAAGAUGAGGGCAAAGGCGCUACAACCAAAUGAGAUUACCUUUGUGUCUGUUCUAUCAGCUUGUGCGUAUGCCAAGCUUGUCGAUUUCAGUUUUAAAUUGUUUGAAGCAAUGUCACAUGAAUUUGGACUUGUAGCUAAGAUGGAACAUUAUGGUUGUGUGGUUGAUCUCUUAGGGAGAGCCGGGCUACUGCAGGAAGCGUACAACUUCAUAAAGAAGAUGCCUUUCGAUAUUUGGCUGGUUUACUUGCAUGCCUUAACGUUGUAUGAGAAGAUGAGGGCAAAGGGGCUGCAACCAAAUGAGAUUACCUUUGUGGCUGUUCUAUCAGCUUGUGCGCAUGCCAAGCUUGUCGAUUUCAGUUUUAAAUUGUUUGAAGCAAUGUCACAUGAAUUUGGACUUGUAGCUAAGAUGGAACAUUAUGGUUGUGUGGUUGAUCUCUUAGGGAGAGCUGGGCUACUGCAGGAAGCGUAUGACUUCAUAAAGAAGAUGCCUUUUGAAGCUGAUGCAACUGUCUUGGGGGCUCUGAUGGGUGCUUGUAGACUUCAUGGAGCUAUUGAAUUGGGAAAUGAAGUAUCACAACUAUUGCUUGAGUCGCAACUGAAUCAUUCUGGCUGUUAUGUGCAACUCUCAAGCAUUUAUGCUGGCGCACAGAGGUGGGAUCAUGCUGCUGCCUUGAGAAAAGCAAUGUUAGAUGCUGGAAUACACAAGGUUCCAGCCCACAGUUUAAUUUAGUGGAGCUGAUAAG